UCUCAGAGGUUUCCAUUUCUCUCUCACGGAUUACCUGUUUAUUAAAUUUACAUAUCCCUUUUGGUAGCCUAAACACAGAGUCUCUUUUUAGAGGGUUUGCUCGCCUCUUAACCCAGACUGGAAAGAAGGUCUAGAAAGAGAAAAAAAAAAAUUGUGUGUGAGAAAGAAGAGAGAGAGAGAGAGAGAGAGGAGAUAUAUAUCCAAAUGGGGAGAGGAAGGGUGGAACUGAAGAGGAUAGAGAACAAAAUCAACAGGCAAGUGACAUUUGCCAAGAGAAGAAAUGGGCUUCUCAAGAAGGCUUAUGAGCUCUCAGUUCUUUGUGAUGCUGAAGUUGCGCUUAUUAUCUUCUCAAGCCGUGGAAAGCUUUAUGAAUUCUGUAGCGGCUCUUGCAUGAUCAAAACACUUGAAAAGUAUCAAAAGUACAGCUACGGUUCACUGGAGGCUACCCAACCUAUAAACGACACUCAGAGCAGCUAUCAGGAAUAUUUGAAGCUAAAAGCAAGAGUAGAGGUCCUACAGCGAUCUCAGAGAAACCUUCUUGGGGAAGAUCUUGGCCCCUUAAGUUCAAAGGAGCUUGAGCAUCUUGAGAACCAACUAGAGACAUCCUUGAGGCAUAUUAGGUCAACAAGGACUCAGUCCAUGCUUGAUCAGUUAGCUGAUCUUCAACAAAGGGAACACACUCUACUUGAAGCUAAUAGAGCCUUGAGAAGGAAGUUGGAAGAAAGCAGCGCUCAGAUUCCACUUCGACUGGCGUGGGAAGCUGCUGGGGAACAGGACUGCAUUCCGUACACCCGCCAUCCUUCUCAACCUGACUGCUUCUUCCAACCUCUGGGAAGCAAUUCCGCUUUGCAAAUUGGAUAUAAUUCUGUGGGCCCAGAUGAGAUGAAUAUGUCAGCCCCAGCCCAAAUUAUUAAUGGGUUUGCCCAUGGUUGGAUGCUUUGACUCUGCUUAGGCCUUGAAUAUGAAGGUGUUGAGGAAAUAAAAACGUACGUGUACUAGAAUUUUAUUUUAUUUUUAAGUUUGUUUCUUUUGCUUGUGGCUUGUUUUGUAUGAAACUUGUAAUUGGUAUAUAAUUGAAGACAAUAAGUAGUACCUACGAAGUGUAUUUGACAUAAAGGACUAAUGUUUAAUUCCCAACCCCUUAUUGAACCUUAA